AUAUGGAUUAACAAAAAAUUAAUUCAUAUAAACAAUUAACAAUCAUAUAAAAAACAUGUAAAUUUGAGAAUUAAAUUCAAGAUAAAUAAAAUUGAAAUUCUUACCCACUAGGAAACAAAUGCUCUCUGUUCUGUUGUGAAGAAGAGGAUCUGUUCUAUAAAAUUGAACCGAUUGUUUCUGCCAACUAGGAAGGUGAGGAAGGUGAGCAGCAGAUUUUGCUAUGUUCGGUGUUGCUGCUCCGUUUGGUGCAGUUGCUCUGUUUGGUGAAAGAGAAGCUACUGUUGUUCAGUGGAAAAAGGCAAGGAAGAUAAGCUGUGAAGGGAUGGAAGGCGCUACUGACGGUGGUGGUUGAGAGUAGAUGUAGAUUUGUUCUGUCGCUGUGGCUUUGUUCCUACUACUGCUAUGUUCGGUAGAGGAAGCCAAGGAUGAUGAUCCACGAAGGGAUGUAAGGGGCUGCUGACGGUGGUGGUUGAGAGCAGAUGUAGAUCUGUUCCUGCUGCUACUCUGUUCUUGUUGCUGUUCUGUUUAAUGAAGAAGUGCUGUUGUUGUUCGGUGGAGGAAGCCAAGGAAGAUGAGCCACAAAGGUUGUCCAAAGGGCUGCCAGCAAUGGUGGUU